AUGGUUCGCCUCAUGCUGGACAGUGGCGAGGAGCAGCUGGUGAAGCGCUCGGCUGUGAAGCCAGUGCAGGACGGGGGCCUGUUCACCAUGUGGUUGGCCUCGGGCCCUGGCCUGGCUGUCUAUCGCUGUGAGGUUGUGGCCAAGCGCCAUGUGAUUCUAGCCUUGGAGUCGGAGAUGGACCCAGAGCAAGCCAUGAGGGAAGUUCGCCCCAACGAUCUCCGGAAGGGCCUCAGAGUACGAGGCCAUGUGGGCGAUGGCGUCGUGACUUCGGCUUCUAAAGAGCUGGGUCUUUGCAGCGUUCACUGGCAUAGUGGUGGAGACGAGGCGGUCUUUUGCAAAGAUUUGAAGAUGCAAAAUGGCAAUGCCACCAGGGUCGUGCGGGAUGCGCCACGGAACUUGCGGCACAGCUGCUUGGUGGAGAUGCAGAUGACGGAGAGUGACUUUCAACAGCAGCACAAUCAGGGAGACUUCAGUGAAGACGGCUGGCCUCGAGUGAGCUCCGUCUACGAGGCUGAGCAACCCUUGCUCUUUGACCUCAUGUGUCGUCUUGGCCCAGUGGUUCGCCUCUCCACACCUCAGCUGCCGGACCAACGGCGGGGCAUGCUCCGAAUUGAAGCCAAGGCCGUGGGAACGUGUGGACCGGUCACGGAAGCAAAUGUGACAUGGAUGGAGGCCAAGAUAGGUAAUGUUGCCUUUGUGAUGUUCAUGGGAUGUGCUGUGCAAGAAGCGGCCCCUCCAGAGUCCGAGUCGGAGGACGCCUUUGGCUCCCACACCUGGUGCGAUGGGUCUGUAUCAGCCGCAUCUGCAGCAAGCGAGUCAGAUGACGACAACUCAAAGCAGGCCAGCAGCCUCACCUUCAGUAACCCUUCCAACCCGACGACCAACAGCGUGCGGCAGCUCAGUACUUUGAUGCCUGAAAUUGUGUGA